UUGUUGUUGUUGACUUUUAACAAACAUAUUGCAAAUUACAAUUUCUGUUGCAGUCAGAACAGAGAAAACAACGUUGCACCACAUUGGUUGUUUAAUGUGAAAAUAACUCCAAGAAAAAUGUGGUGAAAAUUUUGUGGUUAUAUUGAAUUGUAAACUGAAGCAGCCCCUUUUUAACAAAAUACUUGCUCAAAUAAUAAAGCCUCCAGACUCUUAACAUUGCCCAUCAUUGCCACUUACUCAUGAACACUUGAGUCAUCACUACUUAAUUAUCAAGUACUUAAGUGUUAUUUUCAAUAAAACAUAAAAAAAAUUCGAAAACAAAUCCUUAUAAAAAUGUCAUCAAACAUUAAAUAUUUUCAUCAUCAUCAUUUAGAACAGGGACAACAACAGCAGCAGCAGUUGUCUCUAUUUAAUUUUACAAGAGAAAUUUCAAAUGUAACAGAAUUGGAUCCUAGCAUUUUUUGGCAUCCUACGUUAUCGGAUUAUUACAACAAUCUUACACCAUUUAUAACACUUUCCGUAUUUGUGGCAACACUUCUAUUAUUACUCAACAUUUCCAUAUUUUGUACCACGGUAUCACGCGUUAAACGACGUGUAAAUGUCUACUUUAGAGGCCCUACCAUAGUGUUGUGCUCCCUGUAUCCUAUAAUUUGUUGUGCAGCUUUAACUACCAUUUUAUUACCGAAAAGCUGGCUAAUAUGUCACACCGUCAUGCAUUUAUGCUUUACGGUCGGCGCGGUAAUGUUUCGCCAAUUAUGUUUUCGUUAUGUUGAUUCUGAGGUGAAUUAUAUGAAAGAAACUGAUGGUGCUGCGGUCACUAUAAAUACACCACCAUGUUGUUGUUGCUGUUUAUGUUUGCCGGCCAUGGUGCCGUCGAAGGCUAAGUUUUGUUUGUUACGUUAUAUGGUGUGGCAAAUGCCUUUUGUUCAGGGCUGUAUAAUGUUGGUAUUAAAUGUGAUCUAUUAUAGAGAACAGUCUUUGUACCAGAGUGUUUCUUUGUAUUUUAUCCCUUUUAUUGUGUGCUCUAUUUUAGUGGGUUUAUGGGGCUUAAACAUUACCGUACGUAUGGUCAAUGUCAUACAUUCCGAAUACAAUUUAAUGAAAAAAAUGUUUUGCCUGCAACUCAUUUUGCUGUUGUGUAAAUUGCAAUAUCUUUUAUUGGACAGUCAAUUGAAUCAUUUAGUUUUAGGCGGCGAAUAUCCCAUCAAUCACACCAUUUAUAAACAAACUAUCAUAAAUCUUUUGAUUUUAUGCGAAAUGGUUUUGGUCUCAAUGUUGGCCCAAAAUGCCUAUAAAAUACCAACUUAAAAAGCCAGACAUAUGAAGAACCUAACAGGGCUAUUCAGCAGAGUACAGUUGAGUUAUUAAGCAAGCGUAUUAUGUUAAGAAAUACUUAUAGUGAUUGUGAUAUAAAUUAUAUUCUAAAAUAAAUUUUUAUUAAA